CACAGCCGGGGCCUCUUUCCCCUCCUCCCUCCCACCUCCAGCCGCCAGGUCCCCAGUCGCCCGCCAGGCUUGGGCCUGAGUGGCAGAGGCGCCUGCCGCUGCCAAUCCCCAAAAUAUUCUCUGAUGACACAGCUGGAGGACAAGAGCCCAGACUGGCUCCUCCAGGCUAAGUUUAGAGCAGGCAGGACCACCUACCCCCCGCCUUAGCCCCAGUUCUGGCCCCUGCCCCGGCCCUUCCCCCCAGGACUGGCCCAGCAGCUGCUUGGCUGAAAGGGGCCCCAGAAGCUCCGAGGGGCUGGCGCGCUGUGUCUCCCUGACAAAUAACACUUUUAGGAGCUGGCAGACCCCAGCUUCCAGGCUCCUGUCCCACCUGGUAUCACCUCUGUGCUGGGUGCUAGGUUGUGAGUCACUGAGUGUGUGUGUGUGUAGGGGGAGGGGCUGCAUGUGUGGGUCAGGUCACUUGGGGUGAAAGCCCUCGCCAGCCCCCUCCCCCACAUUCCUGGCGGGAGUGGGAGAUAAGGCUCAGGGCCACAGACAUCUGCGUCAGAGAUAGGAGGUCUCAAUGCCAUGGGCAGGGGCAACUCGCACUGCAGGGCGUGGGAAGGGCUGGGGAAGACUGGGGUGAGAAGGGUAGAAGAGGGCGGGUGGUGGGAUGGGGAGGGGAGAGUGGGCAGGCCCUGGGCAGACCCUGGCAGAAGGGGCACAGGGCAGGGUGUGGGCUCACUGUUGGCAGGGCCAGGUGAGCUAUGUGGCCUCAGCUGCUCCUCUUGCUGCUGGCCCCUCGGGGUGGGCAUGGCUGCCCUGGGCCGGAGCUGGACCGGGAACUUGUCCUGGCCAAGGUGAGGGCCCUGUUCCUGGAUGCCUUGGGGCCCCCGGCAGUGACUGGGGCAGGUGGGAAUCCCGGAGUCAGGCGUCUGCCCCGAAGACAUGCUGUGGGGGGCUUCAUGCGCAGGGGCUCUGAGCCCGAGGAAGAGGAUGUCUCCCAGGCCAUCCUUUUCCCGGCUACAGGUGCCAGCUGCGGGAACGAGCCAGCUGCCAGAGAGCUGGUCCAGGAGGCCGAGGAGGGCCUCUUCACCUACGUGUUCCGACCGUCCCAGCACAUGCGCAGCCGUCAGGUGACUUCGGCUCAGCUGUGGCUCCACACGGGGCUGGACAGGCAGGAGACAGCAGCCGCUAAUAGCUCUGGGUCCCUGCUCGGCCUGCUGGCACUGUCAUCCAGGGGUCCCACGGCUGUGCCCAUGUCGCUGGGCCAGGCACCCCCUCGCUGGGCCGUGCUGCACCUGGCCGCCUCUGCCUUCCCUCUGCUGACCCACCCCGUCUUGGUGCUCCUGCUGCGCUGUCCUCUCUGCUCCUGCUCAGCCCGGCCUGAGGCCACCCCCUUCCUGGUGGCCCACACUCGGGCCAGGCCGCCCAGCGGAGGGGAGAGAGCCCGCCGCUCUACACCUCCGCUGCCCUGGCCUUGGUCUCCCGCCGCGCUGCGCCUGCUGCAGAGGCCUCCAGAGGAACCUGCCGUCCAUGCCAACUGCCACCGAGCGGCCCUCAAUAUCUCCUUCCAGGAGCUGGGCUGGGACUGGUGGAUCGUGCACCCUCCCAGUUUCAUCUUCCACUAUUGUCACGGGGGCUGUGGGCUGCCCACCCCUCAAGAUCUGCCCCUGCCCGUCACCGGGGCACCCCCUACCCCUGCCCAGCCCCUCUCUUUGGUGCCAGGGCCCCAGCCCUGCUGUGCUGCUCUCCCGGGGACCAUGAGGUCCCUACGUGUCCGCAUCACCUCAGAUGGAGGUUACUCUUUUAAGUAUGAGACGGUGCCCAACCUUCUCACGCAGCACUGUGCCUGCAUCUGAGGGAGUCCUGCUGGUGACUGAGCCCCCACCAUCACCAGCCUGGAGGAAGGGCAGAGUUCCCACCUCCCUGCUCCUUCCACCUCUCUGCCUGGAGGCUCUUCUCCCCAUCCCGCCCCUGUUCCACGGUAACUUGACAAUAAACAGCGUAGUGCAUAUGA